GCUAGUCGCUCAGUUCGUUGAAUGACUGUUAUCGAGUUGAUACGUCGACAACAAUCGCAGGUUCUUUAUGCUUGUCUCUGACGGACAAGCAAAGAACUGAUUAUAUUGUAAUUUCGGCCGGUUUUAGAAGCCUACGUGUUCUUCUUGAAGUUACAUUUUAGGAAACAUAAAAUAAUAGUCAGCUGUUAUAAUAAUAAUUGAUAUUGCAAAAACGCGUUCGAAAACUGUUCAGCGCCAGCCGCACUAUAAUGAAUGAUAUAAGACACCGGGACCGUAUUCUGGAGGCAAUUGACCAAUUGCGGCAUCGGAAAGCAAGACCUGAUAUACACCGGAUAUGCAAUUAUCUUUUAAAGCGCUUUUCAAUAAAUUUUACUGAUGCAAAAAAUGAUUUACAAAAGUGCGUUGAUAACGACAUCGUGUUAAAAGUAGAAUACAAAGGGAGCAUAAGUUACCGAAACGCGGCUAGGAAGUUCAAGCAUUUGAAAAAAGACGGACGAUUAGAAAAUAGCGGAAUUAACAGGUUUAAAAUAAAAAGAAAAUUUUCCGCAAUAUUAAACAAUGCAAUUGCCGAACUUAUCGUUCAAGAACCUGAUUAUCUAGAAAUAGGUGUUCCCGGUUCAGAAUUGAUAAAAAAUAUUCUGUCAAAGGAUAACGUAAAGUACACUAAAAAGUACGUGAGCAUUUUACUUGAAAAAGAGGUUGAAAAUGGGGGUUUAAUGAGAAUGGAUAAUGGUAAUUACUUGGUCGGUCCCGCAAAGAGAAGUGACUCCGAAAAUAUCAAUUCAAAAGAGCGUGUAGUGAAACUACCGGAGAAGAGAAAUUUUAGCAACGGUGCGUUAAUGUUUUUAAAGAAAGAACAAAAACAUUCGUUAAAUAAUGAAGUCAGCGCAGGAGGACGAAAAUUAGACCAAAACAGCCAAUAUGGAAAUCUGCGCGUAGGAAGCAGAAGAAAGAGGGCUAAGAAAGUGUUUGAUCCAUCUGACAACAAUAUUCCCAGAAAAAGAGGAAGACCUACUGGGUCAAUAAAUAAAACCGUUGACAGACAUUCUAAACAUACUUCUAGCACUGAAUUAAGACCCGAUUCCCGAAUGGGUAAUAUCAGAGAACAAGGAGGUGUAUGUUCAGUUUGUCAUAACAAUGCAAGAGUAUCAAAUGAUAGGUUUGUUUCAUGUCGAGAGUGUAGUAACAAAGCUCACUUUAGCUGUUUAAAUGGUGAUGACAAUAUGAUGUUACGAAUGUAUCCUGAUAAUACUUGGCAAUGUCCACACUGUAAAACAUGCGUUAUUUGUUUUGAAACAUCUGAUGCAGGCAGUUUGAUCGUUUGUUCAAUUUGUGCUGAUGCUUAUCAUGCAACAUGUCAUCAACCAAGAAUAACUGAAAAAAUUAGAAAUGGUAUGAAGUGGCUCUGCAUUAAUUGUCAGAUGCCAGAACAGUUGGCUAUUAAUGAUAUUCAGUCGCAUGUUAUUACUGGUGACAGGGACAAAAUAAUUAUUAAUGGCAUUCAUCGAAAAUCACCAUCUCCGUCAGUUUCUGGAAAUUCUUCUCCACUGUACAGAUCAUUACAACCGUCUCCAACACCUCCUACUUUAAGCCCUCAAGCUAAUCGUAAUGGUGAAAUAUCUCCUGAUUUUAAAAGUAACCUU